AUGGAAUCGUCAGAAAAAAGUGCUACCGUAUAUAUGAGAUUGGAUGAUGUGGAUACAGUACAAAGGGGCAUAGAUAUUUACAAGUAUUGCUGGAUUUGUUUAACGAUUGCGACGGUUGAGGACCACAAAUUAAUCGGCUGUGGAAUUGCAAAAUCCAUGUCUCAAUUAACCCUUAAUAUUAUGUGUCUUCUGUAUGACGAGCACCGGUUUAUAGCAGACCACAAUAGCUUAAACGAUACAUGGAUUACUGAAAGAGAAUGCCUCCACGAAUCUAAAUUUCGAAAAAAACCGAGUCAGGAACUCUUGAAUGAUCCGGAUACAGUAAGAUUCGCAAUUAUAAGAGAUCCAAUCCAACGAUUCGUUUCCUUAUUCCUGGACAAGUGUAUUCACACAGAUUAUUGUGAAUGUAACAAAAGUAUGAAAUGCUAUGUUGAUCGAAUGUAUAAUACACUGAAAAAUAUUUCCGACUAUCGACAUCCAUUAAAAGAAUUUGAUAUGUAUACUUUUCACUUUGCACCGUUAUCAUGGAUGUGCAAUUUUGAAAAAGACCUGGAAAAAUGGGAUUUGCUAGAGAUGGGGUCGGAUCUUGAGGAAAGGAAAUCUUCGAUUAUGCAUUUGACAAGUAUUUUAAAACGACAAGGAUUCAAUGAAACGUUGGUGGAUAGGAUUCAUGAUGACAUGAUGAGUGGAGAGACCACUCAUUCCACACACAAAUCAUCCCAUCGUCUGGAAGUCGAACGUCAAGUACGCGAGGAUCCAUACAUUCGGGACCUUCUUCAUAAAAUUUACUUUUUCGAUUAUUUAAUUUUCCCAUUUAAAAGAGAUUCAUUGGAUCAAAAAUAUCAAACGAAUUUCUGGGAAGUUCCAGAAAAAUCGAUUUAG